CACCAGAAACAUGAACGUCUGAAGGAAGAUGUGAGGAAGUUGGUGAUACAUGAAACGAAAAGUAGUGGAGACAAGUUGCAGUUGAUAGAUGUAGUUCAACGAUUAGGUGUUGGGUACCACUUUGAAGCAGAAAUCGAAGAAAUACUUGGAAAAGUACAUGACAUGGGAGAGGACUUAUUCACUAACUUCGAUGGCAAAGGUACUGAUCUCUACCAUGCAGCUCUUCGGUUCCAACUCCUCAGACAACAAGGAUUUCCUGUUUCUCUUGAUGGGUUUAGAAAGUUGAAGAAUAGUGAAGGAAGGUUCAAGGAAUGGCUAUUGAGUGAUGAGCAAGGACUAUUGAGCUUGUAUGAGGCAGCACACAUGGCGUUCCAUGGAGAAGAUAUAUUAGAUGAAGCCCUAAGUUUUGCGACAAAAAACCUUAAGUCAAUCCUCCUAACAAACAAGAAUACCAGCAAUGCAUUUCAAAGGCAAAUAGAGUUUGCCCUUUUUGUUCCUGCUUGGAAAUGUGUCCCAAGGUCACUUGCUAGGCACUCCAUCGAUUUCUACUCCGAUCAUCAGGAUGCUUUGUUGCAGAAUAAAAAGCUCCUCACAUUUGCAAAGUUGGACUUCAACAUGGUCCAAAGCUUCCAUCAGCAGGAGCUCCGUGAACUCUCUGAAUGGUGGAAAAGAAUUGACGUGGCGACAAAAUUUCCAUAUGGAAGAGACAGGCUCGUGGAGUGUUAUUUUUGGAUCAAUUGUAUUUACUUUGAGCCCAAAUAUGGGUUGGCAAGAAUUCUAAACACCAAGAUCUAUUCAGUGUUGACACUCUUGGAUGACACUUGUGAUAACUUUGCUACAUAUGAAGAGGUCCUAGCCUUGGUGGAAGCUAUUGAAAGGUUGGAUGCUAGGGCUCUUGAAGAAUUACCUGACAGGAUGAAGAAUAUAUAUCGUCUCACUCUAAGUGUGUAUGACGAAAUUGAUGAAGAAGUUGGGAAGACAGGAUCCAUGUUUGUUGUCGAGUAUGCUAAGGAAGAGCUCAAGAAAUUGGCACGCGCCUACUCGAACAAGAUUGGGUGGUGCACUGAAGGCCGAAUUCCGACAGUGGAGGAGUACAUGAUCGAGGGCGGAUAUGUCACCGGUGGUAUGCCCAUAGUUUACGCAUCUGCUUUUGUUGGAAUGGGAGCAGACAUAGUCACAAGGGAGGCUUUGGAAUGGGCAAGUAACGGAUCCAAAAUGUUGAAAUCCGGUUGUGUCAUUUGUAGGUUUCAAAAUGACAUUUUCUCAUACGAGUUUGAACAAGAGAGGAAUCAUGCACCUUCGGGCGUUGAGUGCUGCAUGAAGCAGUACGGAAUAUCAAAUAAAGAAGCAGUUGAAUUUUUGUGGAAGGAAAUUUCUGAUGCUUGGAAAAUUAUCAUCCAAGAGUACUGUCAGAAACCGACUCUACUUCCAACAAUUUUCACUGACCGUAUCCUCAACUAUGCACGUUCCAUGAAUUUGUUUUAUGACAACGAAAACGGUGAUUGCUACACAAACCCCCGUCUUUUGAAGGAACACCUCACCUCACUAUUCAUUGAUCCAGUGCAUCUUUGA